AUGUAUACCCCAAGUGGUUCAGUGUUGCCCAGCGGCCGAAGGCGAAGAGGGCAAGAUGGGAGUGCCUUGCCAAAGCAGCCUGAAAGGAGCCUGGCAUCUGCCUUGCCCGGGGCCCUCUCAAUAACGGCCCUGUGCACUGCCUUGGCAGAGCCUGCCUGGCUAAGGAUUCAUGGGGGCACCUGUUCUCGCCAGGAGCUGGGUGUUGCCGAUGUGCUGGGAUACAUUGACCCGGAUCUACUUAAAGACUACUGCAUGAACCCCCAGACGGUGUUGUUACUUCGGGUGAUUGCUGCUUUCUGCUUCUUGGGAAUCAUCUGCAGCCUUUCAGCUUUCCUUCUCGACGUCUUUGGGCCCAAACAUCCUGCACUGAAGAUUACUCGGCGUUACGCCUUUGCUCACAUCCUUACAGUGCUGCAGUGUGCCACCGUGAUCGGGUUUUGCUACUGGGCUUCGGAGCUGAUCCUCGCACAGCAGCAGCAGCACAAGAAGUACCACGGCUCGCAAGUCUACGUCACGUUUGCCGUCAGCUUUUACCUGGUGGCUGGAGCCGGCGGGGCCUCCAUCCUGGCCACGGCCGCCAACCUGCUGCGCCACUACCCCACUGAAGAGGAGGAGCAGGCCUUGGAGCUCCUCUCCGAGAUGGAGGAGAACGAACCUUACCCCACCGAGUACGAAGGGAUCAACCAGUUCCAGCCACCUCCGGCUUACACGCCGUAA